AUGGCGCCAAAGAAGAAGGGAAACAAGAAGCAGGAGGAGGACUGGGAAGCCGAGCUCGGAGAGAGCGCUCCCGCUGUCGAUCAGCCCCAGGAGACUCCUGCGGCUGCCGACGAGGAGGCAGAGAGCAUGGGUGGCGGUCUGCUCGCUGCUCUGCGGAAGAAUAAGACCAAGAAGGCGAAGAAGGGCAAGCCCACGAACGAUUUCGUUGAGGGCGAGGAUGCGACACCAGCCGCUGACGCAGCGGUCGACCUUGCCAGCAAGCAGCCCGAAGAAGGCACAUUUGACGACGAAGAUGAUGUUUUCGCCGGAAAGAAGAACCAGAAGGCUGCGAAGGCCACACCGGCGGCUCCUGCCGAGCCUCAAGACGAUGGCGAAUUCCGAGUGAAGAGUAAGAAGGAGAAGGAAAGGGAGAAGAAGGAGAGAGAGAAGCAGCGUAAGAAGGAACAGGCCGCGAAGAAGAAGGGAGCCGAACCCAAGGCCGAGCCCGCCAAGGCUGAGAAGAAGAAAGAGGAGGCCCCUGCUGCUGCUGCCCCCGCACCUACUCCCGCCGCUCCUGAGACGACCGGCAAGAAGAAGAAGCUUCCUCCCCACCUGGCUGCCCUUCAGAAGCAGCAGGAGGCGCUUCGGAAACAGCGUGAGGAGGAGGAGCGACGACUAGCCGAAGAGCAGGCCGCCGAGGAGGAGAGAUUGCGCAUCGAGGCUGAGGAAGAGAAGAAGAGAGAGGAGGCUCGCCAACGGAAGAAGGAGAAGGAGAAGGAGAGGAAGGAGCAGCUCAGAAAAGAAGGAAAGCUGCUCACAAAGGCCCAGAAAGAAGCGAAGGAGCGCAAUGAACUCCGUAUGAAGCAAAUGCUGGCGGCCGGUGUGGGCAAGGUUGCUGGUCUGGAGGAACAACAGGCCGAGAAGAAGAAGCCCGUUUAUGAUAACAGAAAGAGAAAGGGCCCCAAGAAGCAAGAAGAGGAUCUUGAGGCUGCCGCUGCUCGUGCUCGCGCUCAGCGUGAGGCCGAGGAGGAGCGGCGCAAGAAGGAGGAAGAAGAGAAGAAGGCGAAGGCUGAGGCUGAGGCCGUCGCCGCCGCCAGCGCCUCUGCUGCCGGCGAAGAGAGCGAUCUGGACGACUGGGAAAAGGCCGCCGAUGCCGAGGAGGUGAAGGACAGCUGGGAUGCUCCUUCCGAGGAUGAAGAAGCAGAGCAGAAGCCAGCCACGAAUGGUGCUGCUAAGACUGAAGCCGCUGCUAAGGCGAAGGCUGAGGAAGAGUCUGAGUCGGAGGAAGAUUCAGACGAGGACUCAGAGACAGACUCGUCGGAUGACGAGGAGAAGACCGCCGCGCAAAGAGCCAUCGCUCAGAGAAAAGCGGAGGCUGCUGAGCGGAGGAAGAAACAGCAUGAGGAGGCCUUGGCGGCUCGGUCAAAGGAUAAUUUGCGGUCUCCCAUUUGCUGUAUUCUGGGUCACGUCGAUACUGGUAAGACUAAGCUGCUGGACAAGAUUCGUCAGACGAACGUCCAAGAAGGUGAAGCUGGUGGUAUUACGCAGCAAAUCGGUGCUACAUACUUCCCUGUUGAUGCUCUGCGCCAGAAGACUGCUGUUGUCAACAAGGACGGCAAGUUCGAGUUCAAGAUUCCCGGUCUGCUGGUUAUCGAUACUCCCGGUCACGAGUCUUUCUCCAACCUGCGUUCGAGAGGUUCUUCUCUCUGCAACAUCGCCAUUCUGGUUGUUGAUAUCAUGCACGGUCUCGAGCCCCAGACUCUAGAAUCCAUGAGACUGCUUCGGGACCGCAAGACCCCUUUCAUCGUUGCAUUGAACAAGAUCGAUCGUCUUUACGGCUGGAAGAAGAUUGACAACAACGGCUUCCAGGACAGUUUGGCCAUGCAGAGCAAGGGUGUUCAGAACGAAUUCCGUACUCGCCUUGAGCGCACCAAGGUUCUCUUUGCUGAGCAAGGUUUCAACGCCGAGCUUUACUAUGAGAACAAAUCCAUGGCUCGCAAUGUCUCCCUUGUCCCCACUUCGGCCCACACCGGCGAAGGUAUUCCCGACAUGUUGAAGCUGUUGACCACAUUGACCCAGGAGCGUAUGACCAACUCGCUCAUGUACCUGUCCGAGGUUGAGUGUACUGUCCUUGAAGUCAAGAUCAUUGAAGGUCUGGGUACUACCAUUGAUGUCGUUCUUUCGAACGGUAUCCUCCGCGAGGGUGAUCGGGUUGUGCUUUGCGGUCUUAACGGACCUAUAGCGACAAAUAUCCGAGCAUUGUUGACGCCCGCUCCUCUUAAGGAACUUCGUCUCAAGUCGCAGUAUGUUCAUAACAAGGAGGUCAAGGCCGCUCUGGGUGUUAAGAUUGCCGCCAACGAUCUUGAGCAUGCCAUUGCUGGUUCGCGUUUGAUGGUCGUCGGCCCUGACGAUGACGAGGAGGAUAUCGAGGAAGAGGUCAUGUCCGAUCUGGAGAACCUCCUCAGCAAGGUUUCCAGGGAUCAGCGUGGUGUCAGUGUGCAGGCCUCAACCCUUGGUUCCCUCGAGGCCCUGCUCGAGUUCUUGCGUGUUUCCAAGAUUCCCGUUGCCAACAUCUCCAUUGGUCCUGUCUACAAGCGUGAUGUGAUGAUGUGCGGUACCAUGUUGGAGAAGGCCAAGGAGUACGCAGUCAUGCUCUGCUUCGACGUCAAGGUUGAUAAGGAAGCCGCGGCUUACGCCGAAGAAGUUGGCGUCAAGAUCUUCACGGCAGACAUCAUCUACCAUUUGUUCGAUGACUUCACCAAGCACAUGGCCGAGCUGACCGAGAAGAGAAAGGAGGAGAGCAAGCUCCUCGCUGUCUUCCCUUGCGUACUCCGGCCCGUUGCCGUCUUCAACAAGAAGGACCCCAUCGUCAUUGGUCUUGAUGUCGUUGAAGGUAGCUUGAGACUGCACACGCCUGUUGCGGCUGUGAAGACCAACCCCACCACGGGUGCUAAGGAGAUCAUCGAUCUUGGCAGAGUUGUAUCCAUUGAGCGUGAUCACAAGGCUAUCAACGUCUGCAAGAAGGGUCAGCCCUCUGUCGCUGUGAAGAUCGAAGGACCCAACCAGCCCAUGUACGGCCGUCAGCUCGAAGAGAAGGACACACUGUACUCGCACAUCUCGCGUGCCAGUAUCGACACACUCAAGGAGUUCUACCGGUCAGACGUAUCGAUGGAGGAAUGGGCUCUGGUCAAGAAGCUCAAGCCCGUGUUCGACAUUCCUUGA